AUGUACCUUGUCGUUAACACUGACAUUGGGCUGACAGUUUUGUGGGACCGCAAAACCACAGUCAGCAUCAUUCUGCAUUCUAAUUACACGGGAAAAGUUUGUGGCCUAUGUGGAAAUUUUAAUGGAGAUGGAAAAGACGACUUCACCACUAAAGGUGGUUUGCAAACUUCAAAUAUAAUAGAGUUUGUUGAGAGCUGGAAGCAGAAAACCCCUUGCCCAGAUUCUGCACCAGACUUUGACCCAUGCUUUAAAAACCCCUAUCGAUCGGCAUGGGCACAGAUUAAAUGUGCCAUUAUAAAAAAGCUGGAUGGUGCAUUCAAAGAUUGCCAUAGAAAGGUGGAUCCAAGCCCAUAUUAUGACAACUGUUUGAAGGACACGUGUGCAUGUGACACUGGUGGUGAUUGUGAGUGCUUGUGUACGGCUGUGGCAGCUUAUGCUCAAGCCUGCAACGAGGCCAGUGUUGGUGUAGACUGGAGAACUCCCGAGAUCUGCCGAUGUUUUCCGGAGUGUCCAGAUGACAAACCAUUUUAUGAUGAGAAAAACAAUGUCUGUGUGCCGCACUGUGCUUUCACAACUCCUACUUCAACCUUUACAACCACUUCAACAUUUUCAACCACCUCCAUUACAACAACUACUCCUACUUCAACAUUUACAACCACCCACUCCCAUUACUACAACUACUAUGACACCAUCUACAACAACUGA